CUCACUGCUCUGGGCGAAAUAGAACUGAUUUGCUUCCUGGCUCCAGUAACGUCUCAUUUUACAAAGGACUUUUUCCAGGUGAUGUGAACAGGAUUUCACCACUGAAACAGGAUAAUUCUAAACCACAAAAUUGGACUAAUGUGGAUUUUGGAGAAGCUGAAGGUACCAGAAAUGCAGGUACAUAUGUCUGAUCUCGCACCAAGGGGUGCCUAUCCUGACAAGGGCCAGCGUCCAAUACCUUGUCCUUAUGUAUUAACUCCAGACAGAAUCCCCGAGUUCUGUAUCCCUCCUCUGCUUUCAUCACAGAGGGGUAUGAGAAUGAAAUCUCUUUAUAGGUCUGUUCCUGACCUCUGUAGAGCAACUUUUGUAACGGAAGGUUUUAACACAUCAGAGGCACAUAUUAUUCAGGUGGACAGUGCAGAGGAAGCCCUGGAAGAGGAAAGUACAAAUGCUGACCCUCAGGCGCAAGCAGCCCUUUCCUUGCCACAUCUUCCCAAAGCCCAAACUUCCUAUGGUUUCUGCACCUUACUAGAAAGCCCAAACACCAGAAGGAAAGAAUCUCUCUUCCACAAUGACCCUGCCAGCCUUCCAAUUUUGCUGCCUAAGUCACGUUCAAACAUAUCUGCAUGGCAACGGGCAUCCUCAUGCAGUAGUUUCUCAACAUUAAAACUGAGGUCAUGGAGCCGCUCUGGCACCUUGGACAGCGAAACUUCAUCUUCUACAGAUUCUUCACCUUUUAGCUCUCCUCUACUCCACAGAUCUCCACCUAGGUGUAACUCUUUGCUGAAAGCAAUAAGCCAGGACAAGCUCUUCUCCAAAGCACUCAGAAGGAGGGGGAAGUCGAGUCUAUCUAGAAAUAAUUCACUCUCUGCUGAUGAGUGUAGUUCCACAGAUAGCAACCCUAGCAUAAUUUGCAGCAUUUCUGAUGGAAUGAUGGAUUCUGUCUUUCCAAUGGAUCUUUUUUAUUGUAGAGGCAGAUUUAUGUCAGAAAAUGCAGUGUUGCUAGAAAAUGGAGGUUCCCUUCGUUUAUCUACAGAAUAUUGCCCUGAAGCACAAAGGCUGCGUGUCCGGCUCAUAAGUGUUGAAGGACUUUACCACCCAGAUACUGACUCCAAAACCAUCAACUGCUUUGUGACCCUCUCAAUCACUCCUGGAAAGCAACAAAAACAGCGAAGUACAGUAAUCAGAAGGAGCAGAAACCCCAUCUUCAAUGAGGACUUUUUCUUUGAGAAUGUGUUUCAAACACAGUUACAUUAUCGUAGCCUUAAAAUUAAGGUCAUAAACAAAAUGUGCAGCAUGAAGAGAGACUCUGUUCUUGGACAAACUGAACUUCCUUUAAUUAGUAUCCUUUCCCCGUGAGGAGAAGCGUCUCAACCUAUUUCCAAAGCACUUUGAACUACACAGAGAACAAAUAUUGAUGAUCCCCGACUAUAAGAAAAUUGCAUUUUGUCUAACAUUUUCCUGGCCUAAAUUUUCUAAAUGUACUAUUUAAGCAUUAUUUAACUGCAAGUUUAUGUAUGUCCUGACAAAUUUAUCUAAAGAGUAGUGAGUGGUAGGCUCGCUAUUCUGUAUGAUGGAAGGCUAGGACUGAAGGUUUCUCACCGUUUGCUUUCCAUGACCCAAAUCUUGCCAAUUGUUCUAAUUGCAGCUAGACAUAAAUUAUAAUUGGUACUAACAACAUGUGAUCUACAGUACAGUUGGAAGCUAAAUGCUGCCAUUCUGGUUUCUGAAGCAGUAUUGCCAUUGUGCAGAACAUUUACAAGCUCUAUAUCUUAUGUGUUAAUUCUGCUAAAUAGAAGGCAGCAUUGAAAAUGUGACUGGUCUUAUGGGUGUCUGUUAGAGCAUGGAUCAGCAACCUCUAGCACUCCAGCUGUUGUGAAACUACAACCCCCAGAAUGGUCCACUUACUUCUGUGGAAGUUCUGAGAACAGUUGAGCAAGUGUGCAUCGUGGUAGUUGUAGUUUCACAACACCUGGAGUGCCGGAGGUUGCUGACCCCUGUGUUAGAGAAACAGCCCUAUAGACCCCUUCUUGUAAUAGAUACAACUGUUCUGGGUAAUGUUCCUAAUAUAGAGCUCUGUAGGUAUGUAGCACAGCAACUCUCUAGAUAGAGGUGGCAUUGCUUUAGUGACAAUACUAUGUUGUGCAUGUAUGCAUUAUUUAUUUUUUAUAUUUGAUUUUGUUUUAUACCAGUAAAUUAUUUUUAUAUACAUUAUAUUUAAUAUGUGUCUACUAUGAAUGUCAUGCUGAGUUUAUAUAUU